CGUGGUUGCGGUGGAAGUGUUUUGAGUUUGCCAUUAAAGCCAGAACACUGGAGGGGGAAGACAACCACGUCUACUUUCGCAACUUUCAAGGCCGUCAAAAACACACCUCGGCCCGAAAAACACAUAAUGAAACAGGCCUCUAAAUGAGCUCUGAAGACGGAGGAGUUGACGUGAGAGUGACUUUUUUUGAAGCUGGAGCUGCUUCCUCGUUCGACAGAGGGGUGAAACAUCUCAACAUCCUCACAAAGAAACUUUGCUUUGCUAGGCUGCUAACUCGAAAACGACCAAGUCAACAACAACAAAAAAGUAUCACUAGCGACGGCGCUUGCACAAUAAAACGUUUAUAUGUCGAGCUGAGUGACGUUAACUUCUUUAAUUCACUGUGAAAGUGUUAUGUGUGCGGUUCAGGGGAGAAGUUUGUAACGGUUUCGAGUAAUCAUCAUCAUCACUACAGGAGGAAGAGCUGCAGUGGGUAACUUUAGCCAAGCUACGAGCAGCAGCCCAACUCAUACAUCUGAAGCUGGGCUGCCAGUUUUUAGGUGAUUAGUUCAAGCUGGUUCCCGCAGACAUGUCCGGCCGAAGUGGAGCUGGACAUCCCCGGCCUGGCUCUCUGGGUCCGCAGCCCCUCAAGGCGACUGUUCCCUUCAGGCUGGCCAGCAAACCGCGACCGAACCGGAGGGAUGGGAAGUCAGCUGGAAAGCCCAGGCUGCACCAGCUGAGCUCGGGGAUGAGACGGACGAUGUCGCUGGACGCCAUCAUCGGGCCGUACCUGCAGGGACACUGGCCGAAAGAACCCGAAGUCCACUGCGGUCCGUCCUGCAAAGACAAAUCAACCCAGACUCCGGACUCAUGGGUGGAGAAGUCCAGGAGCAGGCGAGCUAGCACCAGCGGCAGCCACAGACGCUCGGCAUCGUGGGGCAGCACUGAGCAUCUUCGAGAAAUUGUCAAACUGAAACAACAACUGCAGCAGGGCAGCAAACCUGUGGCCUCUGGGGUGCAUGACAAAGAUCGUCAGUGUUGUUAUCCUCAUGGGAGCUGCAGCCUAGGAGCAACUCAGACCCAGCCGGUUCCCAUCCCCCUCUCCCCUCUGUCUACUCUGGUUCCCCGCCUGCGCUGCAGCGUGGAGGGCCUCAACCAGGAGCUGGAGGGCAUGUUCAUCAGCCAGUCUCCUCCCCCACAGCACAGGCUGCUUGAAGUUCCAGACGGUCACCGCGCUCCGGUGCCUCUGCACAGCUGCAGCAGCGGUUCGCAGAGCGACCGCGCCACCACACCCCUCUCCUCCUCCUCUAACUGCUCCUCUCCCUGCGCUUCGCCUCCAUCUAAUGCUCUAGAUGCUCCCCUGGACCCUCACCAAGGCUCAGUAGAGAAGUGUCCGCUGUCUCCAGUGUCCUCCCACAGUGAGGCCGAGCUCAACCAGCCACCACAAAUCUCCUCCUCUCCAGGACUCAACAAAAGCUUCUGCUUCCAGCGAGAACCUCCAGAGGGCUGCGAGAAGGUCCGAGUCUGGGAGGAGAUCAGUAUCCCACACCACCACAAGGAGGCCCCGGUCUCCUCCUGCCCUGACCCCAACAAGGUGAACUUCACGCCCCACGGCGGCUCGGCCUUCUGCCCCGUCAGCCUGCUGAAGCCCCUGUUCCCCUCCAUGGACCUGCUGAUCCGCAGCCUCACAGUCUCUCCCGUCGGGAACUGCUCCGGCCAGGGAACGCCGUCCGCUGGGAACCGCGGUGCCUCCCCGGAUCCGGCUGCCGCCUCCGCCGUGCUGGGAGACGCUUCGGGAGAGGCGCUCGCCUUCUGAUUGCAGCUGCAGCUCUUUUCUGUGAAAAUGAUGAUGCAAAUGUUUACCUGGACCAGGCAGGUGUGUUUGAACUGCUCUUCUUCUUUAGAUAUAAAAUAAUCUGAUUUAUGAGUAACUCUGGAGGAGGGCAGAUAAAUGAUGUGGUGGUGUAAAACACCCCUGGUGAAAUUUUAGGUGUUUUUCCUGAUAAAUCAACUCUUUCCACCUUUUAUUGUGACUUCUUCUCUUAGUCCAAUGCACUUUCAGUCAAAUUUAACUCUAAUUUUAAUCCAAAUUCAUUCAUUUUGUUUGUAAAUCUACAUUUAAGCCCCAUAUUAUUAUUAUUUCCUGACAUAUUUGAAUUUAAAUCUGACCUUAAACCAAAAAGUUAUUUCUGAAGAUAAAACUGUAAAAUGAGCUGUAUUUAUUUACAUUUUCAUUAAAAAUUGUGUUGCAAAUUACUUAUAUCCUUCUCAGUAAUCGGUUUGAGAGUCUUGGCUCCGUCUGGCUGAGCUUCACAAACAUUCAAAUUACAUCCACAUCCCAGUAAAAUUAAAAUAAUAUAAUAAUUUGAUGCAAUAAUUUUGUGCUUAACUGUAUGUUUGGACUUCUAAUUUUUAUUUUCUAGCAGAAAUCCUGAAGGUUUUGCAUAAAAAUUCAUGAAAGUUGUCAGAAAUGUAUCCACUGUUAUCAAAAAAAUUAAACCAAACCCACAGGAUAAUGAUG